AGGCCGAACGUGAUUUCGUAGGUCGGACUACUAAGGAUAAGGAAGUCAAUGACGACAGCCCAGCCAGAUCGGCCGGCAGAGUAGACUCCCAAUCCCACAACUCUCCACUGUCGGUGUCGGAUCCACCUCCGCCCUCACCCGACCCCAACCCGUCUCUCCCGUUCAUGGAAAACGGAAAUUUCCAGCCUCCCGCUUCUGGCGGAGGCGGCCACCGCAUCAAGCUCAACGUCGGCGGCAAGCUCUUCCAGACCACCGUCUCCACUCUCCAGUCCAGCGGUCCCGACUCCGUCCUUGCUGCUCUCUCCACUCGCCCCGGCCCGGAUCCGGUUUUCAUCGACCGCGAUCCCGAUAUCUUCUCCGUCUUCCUCUCCCUGCUCCGCUCCAAUCGCCUCCCCUCCACAGCCCGCCGAUUCUCCAAGCAGGAGCUUGCCGAAGAGGCCGCCUACUAUGGGAUCGAAUCGCAGCUCCGAUUGGCCAUGGCUCCUCCUCCUUUGUCCGGCAUCGAUGCAUCCGUCGUUGAGACUAUUCGACCUGCUUCCGAAGGUCUCCCUUCCGCCUUCACCACCGCCGCUGACGACGGCUCCAUCUGGAUUGCCCACGGCGGACAGGUGUCGGCCUACGAUUGGAACCUCACUCAUUCCUCCACCAUACGCACGCACCUCGACGAUAUCACUUCAAUCUGCCGCGUCUGGCCCGACGUCGCCGCUCUUGGAUCCGAGCCUUCCGCCGGGCUUCACUUCUACAACUUCUCUAGCUCCCGCCACAUCGGGUCAACACACUGGACCGACCCGUCCGAUCCGAGAAUUUACAAAGCCCGAGUCACCGCAGUCACCAGCUCACCGGAUAAUGUUUUCGCCUCUUUCGAUUGCCCGCACAGGGAGAACUGUAUACUACUAGUAGACAAAACGACGCUCCAGGUUGCGUCGGAGAUAGGAAGGCAAUCCGGUAGCCAAGCGAAGAACAUCGUCCCAGGGAAGCUGACGUGGCUGCCGACGAUGGGCGUGAUAAUCGGAACGGCAGUUACCUCUGGUGCGUUCGGUUACUCCGGUUACAUCCGUAUCUGGGACCCUAGGUCUGGGGACGUGGUUUGGGAGACGAACGAGCCAGGCUCUGGACGGAGCAGCAGGUUCGGGGAUUCCUUCGCCGACGCGGCGGUGGACGUCGAGGAGUCAACUCUGUUCAAGGUCUGUUCCAAAUCCGGAGAUGUGGCUGUAGCUGAUAUCCGCCAUUUGGGGGAUGAUCCAUGGGUGUAUUUGGAAGAUAAAAACCCUAGUAUGAGAUACACUGGGGAGCCUGGAGUCAGCAAUGUAUUGCAUUGCUACAAGGGUCAAGUUUUUGUAGGGAGAGAUGGGGCUUUGGAAGUUUGGUCGAGGGUUCAUGAGAAGGAAGGAAGCGGGGAAUUCGGAGAGGUGGAAGGAGGCAGAGCGAUUACAGAAGAUAUGUACAGAAGGAAUUAUGUUGAUAAAGUGGAGGAUUCUGCGAAAGGGAUCAUCAGGAAAAUUGAAGGAGGUGGGAAUCGGUUGUUUGUUAGUAGGGAAGAUGUGGAAGGUAUUGAAGUUUGGGAAAGCUCCAAUCUUUCUGAUGCAGUAGCUGUUUCCACGUGAAUCAAAGAACUUUUGGUAGCAUUGGAGAUUUGGGGUUUCAAAGGAGGCUUUCAUUGAAUUGCUUUCUUCAUUUGUUGGGUAUUCUAGGUUAGUAUGUUCCUCAUCCUUGUAUAUUCCUCACUUCAUUUGUAUGCUUUUGCUGUAUUCUCAGUGUUUCUUUGUCUUGUUCUUAGAGUUAUUUAUACAUACAAUUGGAAACUUGCAAGACAGUUUUUUUUUCUCGAUACUAAAAUGAUCAUCUUUAC